CCCACUUCGCUAUUCCUCCUGCGUGUACCCACUUCCUCUACAAGUAUCCAACAUUCUCUUAGCAAAACACACAUCUUUUUUUCUACAUAUACAAACUAACCUUUUAAUUUUGAAUUUUGAAUUGAACGCGUUUAUACCUUUGAAUUGACUUUUUUCUACCAUUUGAAGUAUCUAUUCGUCGCAUUUCUAUCGAUUAAAUCGGGUUGACGCGUCUCUUUUCUUUUUUAUAUAAAAAAAAAACAAUAUAUAAAACAUGAAUGAAGCACUUACCAACCAGACUGUGUGUAUCGACAAUGGGUCAGGAUUUCUCAAAGCAGGAUUUUCGGGAAACGACGUUCCCCAAUGCUUUUUUUCUAACGUGUAUGUCUGUUUUCAUCUUUGUAAAUUGCUUUUUUAGACAAUCUCCCUGUUUUCUCUAACACAAGUCUACAGCAUCGGAAGAACAAAGCACACGCGUGUCAUGCCUAGUCACCUCCAACAAGAUACAUACAUUGGUUCUAAAGUGCAAGAGCUUCGAGGGUUGUUAAAACUCGAAUACCCGGUUCAGCGCGGUCUCGUCAAAAACUGGUGUGAUAUGGAAAAAAUCUGGUCAUGGAUUUAUUCAAACGAGCUUCAAACUUUACCCGAAGAUCAUCCAGUUUUAUUAGCUGAAACCCCGUUUAACAAUGCAAAAAAUAAAGAGAGAAUGGCUGAGAUUUUCUUUGAAACUUUUAAUGUUCCAGCACUCAACUUUUCCUUGCAGCCCGUUCUUGCCUUGUACUCAACCGCACGCACAACUGGUCUAGUGGUCGAAGUCGGAGAAGGCUUAACACACACUGUACCAGUAUUCGAUGGCUUUGUUCUCUCCAGCGCUCAACGCGAUGAUUACGGAGGUAAAGAUGUCACCGAGUUCUUACAGCUUCAGCUUCGACAACUUGGCUAUCGCUUCGUAACUUCAGCCGAAGCAGAAAUUGUUCGUGAAAUCAAGGAGGCUUGCUGUUACGUUUCUCCAAACUUUCAAACAGAGGAAAAAACAAACUCUUCUUUCAACACAAAAUUACGGCAGUUUACUCUUCCUGAUGGUCAAAUUCUAAAACUGGGGUCUGAAUGUUUUCGUGCUCCGGAAUUACUCUUUCGUCCCGAGCUCAUUGGGUAUGAAAACGGAGGUGUUCAACAUCAAAUUACACAAGCUGUUUUGCGGAGUGACCUUGAUUUACGCAAAGACCUUCUAAAUAAUAUCGUCCUCUCUGGUGGAGGUACGUUACUGAGUGGCUUUGGAGACAGACUUUUAAAAGAACUUCAAGGAUCUGGAGAUGUCCCUAAUUGCGUCAAAAUAUACACUCCAAAAGAACGAAGGCAUGCGGCAUGGACAGGUGCUUCCAUUUUAGCAAGCUUUAGCACAUUUUCAAACAUUCAAAUCACAUCUGAGACGUAUAAAUCAGAUCCCUAUUCCAUUUUUAAAUGAUUACCACAUGUAAAAUAGAUUAAAACCAUGAACUAAACAUAAUGGAUUAAACACUUG